UUUGCAUUUAAUAGAGGUUAAAUGUUAAUCAACUCUACCGGUUGAUUACCCAAGUGAUACAUACGUUUUGAAGUGCAAGACAAAGAUGACCAAUCCAAAAUUCAUUGUUUUUAUUGCUGCAAUAACAUAUUUAUUCCAAAAAUCCAACGCGUUAAUACAAAAUGGUCCUAAAGGAAAAAUCACCAGCAGGAAUUAUCAAACGCCUCCGGAAAGAGAUAGUCAAAUAACUAAAGUAUCCCUAACACAAAACGGAUACAUUCAAUUCCUAAAGUACAUAAAUGAAGUCCCGCCUAUGACAGAAUACACUUUUUGCCUCUGGAUAAGAAGCAACAAUUUAACUCACAACCACCCCAUCCUAUCAUACUCUAAGCAAGAAGAGGAGCGACUCAUUCGAGUGUGGAUCGGUUCUAAUGGUAAUAACAUCAAUUUGGAAUUACUUGGUAAUACAGUUUUCGAAUUUCCGUUUAACAUGGUCGAGAACCGUUGGUAUCAUAUUUGCCAGUCGUGGUCAUCUCAUCAAGGGGUGUGGAUGAUCUACGUGAAUGGGAAAAUGAAAUCCAGUGGUUCUUAUCAAAAGUUGAGAGGAAACUUCAUCAAGGGCGGCGGUGACAUAGUAGUAGGUCAAGAAUACACCGAUUUCGACAAAGGCUUGGACGAUGGAAUCGAAGGCGACAUCUUCGGGUUCAACUUCGUAUUAUCCGCUGCUUCGGGUUCCUUGAAGUACCCGCAAAAUUUACCAUCAAGAAGGAAAUUUCAAGUAGCCAGCAUACCGAAGUACCCGCAGUUUUUCGCUGCCAAACCGCAGCAAUCCAACCCUUUCGGGGUAGAGCAAGUGGAAGAAUACAAAACGAUUGUAGAAGAUCAACUACCAGAUGCGCAAACGUACGGAAUGGACCCGAACAGAAGGCCUAAAGGCUUCCUGGAUGCUUUUAGAAGGUUCUUCGGCGAAGAGCCUGCUGCUAAUGUUAGAGUUGUGAAAAAGUACCCGCGAAUCGUUAAUAAAGGACCCAGUCGAAGGGUCACGGAUAGGGUUUCUGCAAACGAUAUCAACGAUGUGAAAAAAUCACUCGGUCUUCUGCUGGUCGAAUUGAGUUUUGAUUGCGGUUACAAAAAGGGGGCGCCUUUGAGUGGUAAAAACGUUUUGGUCAAUUGGAACCAGAGCCCUGUCAGGGUUUUCGGUGGUGCUAUAUUGAAGACUGUACCAGCCUUUUGCUAUGGACAUUAAUUGGGUAUAAAAUGGUAAAUAGGCUGCACUUUUGUACGAACUAUUUAAUAAUAUAGUUAUGAGUGGAAAUGUUAGGGUAGUACUAACCAAAGUAUCUAUUUAUUGGUAGCAUCAGUAAAAAUCACAUUAGUAAAACGGUGUUAAAAAUGAUCAUAACUUUCGUAAAGGUGUCAUUUUAGGUUUAUUUGUCAAAUUGUUAUGUUAGAAAGUAUUUCAUAAGCUAAACAAUCUGUAAUUUUGCGAGAUUAAAUUUUUGUUCCUUUUGGGUAAGUGAAACAGGGUAGUAGAUUAUUGACAACAUUUUUGGAAUUUAUUAGUACAAAGGGUUCACAAUUUUCACUUAUUCUAGAGAAAGUCCAAAUAAAAAAUUGCUUGUAAUAUUAGAAUGUAUGAUUCAUCAGUUUAAAUUUAACGAUAUAACAGAUUUUUAUCUAGAAGAGUUGAAAAAAUCUGCCCUUAUGGGGUGAAUAUAUCAAUAUGCGCGGAUAAAAUUAUCGGUUACGUAAUAUCUACUAUCAGUUGUCAAAUGAACUGGGCAUUUGAGAAGAAAUCUAUUUGUUUUUAUUCCUUAACUGAUAAGCAUUGCUUUGAUUACUGUAUCAUUAACAUGAAAACUAAAUUUUGAUUAUUUAUUAAGCA